AGUUCCAGUCUCGUCAAGCCUCCGGAGCGCUCACAUGCUAACAUGCUAACCCGGGCACAUUUAUCGGGUAAAGGGGGAUAAACAAAACAACAGAAACUAUGGGAACAAAGCCGCGACGAGCGAGAAGCAACCACAGCGACUGACGGGAAACCGAGGAGAAGGUUUUUAAACUUUUUCAACACUCCGCGUCCCGCUUGCUGCUAGCCCCACCAACGGCGAACGUCGGCUAGCAGUUUGAAAAGUUUCAAAAGCCGACCAGGAAUUAGACGGCACCCAUCGUUGGAGUUCUUAGCAGAAGCUGAGCAGCUGCAGGAAUUAGACAGAGCCAGGACGGUGGAGGGUGUGAACUGUGAAGCACUCCCCGGUCCUGUCUGCCCUGUUCGGGAUGGCUGAGGAGGGCGAGCCGCAGGGAGCGGCAGAGUUUAUAAAAGACCGUCUGUACUUCGCCACGUUACGCAGCAAACCCAAAAGCACCGCCAACACCCACUACUUCUGCACCGACGACGAGUUCAUCUACGAAAACUUCUACGCAGACUUUGGUCCUCUGAACCUGGCCAUGCUGUACCGAUACUGCUGCAAGCUCAACAAGAAGCUAAAGUCGUUCACGCUGACCAGGAAGCGGAUCGUCCACUACACCAGCUUCGACCAGAGGAAGAGAUCCAACGCCGCGGUGCUGAUCGGAGGCUACGCCGUGAUUUAUCUGAAGAAAACUCCAGAGGAAGCCUACAGAGCCCUGAUAUCCGGCUCCAACGCCUCCUACCUGCCCUUCAGGGACGCCUCCUUUGGGAAUUGCACCUUCAACCUCACAGUGCUGGACUGUCUGCAGGGAAUCAGGAAGGCUUUGCAGCACGGCUUCUUUGACUUUGAGACAUUCGACGUGGAGGAAUACGAACACUACGAGCGUGUGGAGAACGGAGACCUGAACUGGAUCGUCCCCGGGAAGUUUCUGGCCUUCAGCGGACCUCACCCUAAGUCUAAGAUAGAAAACGGUUACCCGCUGCACGCGCCCGAGGCCUACUUCCCCUACUUCAGGAAGCAAAACGUCACCACCAUCGUCCGCCUGAACAAGAAGAUCUACGACGGCAGACGCUUCACCAACGCCGGCUUCGACCACUACGACCUCUUCUUCGUAGACGGCAGCACUCCCGCUGACGUCAUCGUUCAGCGCUUCCUGCACGUCUGUGAGGCGGCGCGAGGAGCCGUGGCCGUCCACUGCAAGGCUGGUCUGGGCAGAACGGGCACUCUGAUUGGCUGCUACCUGAUGAAACACUACCGCUUCACUGCCGCCGAGGCCAUCGCCUGGAUCCGGAUCUGCAGGCCGGGUUCUGUGAUCGGACCGCAGCAGAACUUCCUGGAAGAGAAGCAGGCGGCUCUGUGGUCUCAAAGCGACGGCUCGCACCUCCAGAAGGGAAAGACGGAGGACAAGACGGCGCGCCUCAUCACCGGCAUGGACGGGCUCUCGUUAGGCUCCGCCCACAACAGCAACGUGACCCGGUCGCCGAGCUCCGACCAUCUACAGGAGGGCGACCUUACCGACGGCUCCGGUCUGACCCAGGGGGACAAACUGCGAGCCCUGAAGAGCCGCCGCCAUCCUCGGCCCGCGCUGACCGCAGGUGUGAGAUUCGAGGAGCAGAAGGUUCACAGCCGCUCGAGCUCUCAGCCGCUCAGGUCAUCGAUGGGAGGCGGUCAGAGCUACGCCUCCGUCCUCAAGCCCUCCAAGUUCCCAGCAUCCUCCUCUUCUUCUUCUUCUUCUUCUCCUGCAGCCAAAAGGAUCGGGAGGAACUCGUUAUCGCCGAUGUCAAACAUCCGAAGCUCAGCUGUCAGCUCGCGAUUGGCCAGCUCCCUCGGAGAUCUCUACGCUGCCGACGUCGAGGAGGACGAGAAGACUCCCUUUCCCUCUCUUCCUCCCUCCUCUGUUUCUGUAAGCCCCUCCCCCUCUCCCUUGGCUCCGCCCCCUCUCUCGAACUACGGUAGCGGUCCUCGGAGCGCGCAACACGAGGUCAACAACAACAGUACCUCGUUGUACGGCGGCUCUGCGGCGCCCCCUGCAGGCAAAGGUUAUAUGAGGCCGCAGCAUCAGGACGUCAGUGCCUACAGGGUCCACGGGCCCUACAGCGCCAUGAAGGGCCCCUCGGGACGUUACCUGAGCCGCUCCAUACCUUCUCUUCAGUCGGAGUACAUCCAGUACUAAAACCGAAGGUUCUACCUGACGGCCCGACCCCCCCCUCCCCCCCAUCACCACCUGAAUGCUCGGGCUUUUAAAGGGAAACAGAAUAAAUCAGCGAGAGCUCGUCUCUCUGGACUGAACCGCUGCUCAGGCUGUAUGUAAAUGUGAUGUAAUCUACACGCGUGUUUGGCUGAACAUGUAUGUACACCAGAGACGGAUUUUAUAUUUGCUAUUCGUUAUAGAAGAAGACGUAUAUUUUUGUUCUAACAAAGUAUUUUUGAGGGUUUUUUCCCCCCUUUUUUUCUUUUUUGAUAAACGGGACGGUCAGCUGAUCGUUACAGUAUUUACGUCCGAUCCGUUCGGGUCAGCGCCAGAUUGUCCUGCUGCUGCCACUGAUCAGCAAUAACGAUGAAGAUGGACCAGGUUAGCCUGUCAGCAGCUAAAGCCGGGGGGCUUGAAGGAGACUUCAGAGCGGGCGCCUUUAAAGAAGCUUUAAAGUUCAGGUUUUAACUGUAAAAAUAAAAAGCAGCUUUAACGUAACGGACUGAAGAUAACGAUGGAUCACCAAGUACACGCAGAGUUCUCAUUCUCAGGUUGGAAAUUAUGACACCAGCACAGAACGAAGGAAUGUUUUUAUCUCUUUUUUUAUUUUUAUUUUAAGACCUCCAACAUACCUGGGGGGAAAAAAAUAAAAUAAAAUGGGCAAUAAACUAUUUUUUUGAACAGCUGAUUGUUGCCUUGAAGACUUGGAGACAUGGGAAGAUUCGUUCAAGUGUUAUUUUUACUGUCGGACUGAAAGAUUUUAUCAGAAUAAACCCGCCGCUGCCUUUAGGGGGCGCUGUAGAGCACUCUGCACAUGUAAUGCUUCAUCACACGACUGUUAUAUUUAAUUAUCUUCUUUUAUUCUCUGUUUACUAAACAAACUGUCGUAGAAAAUUAAACUUAUGUUGUGCUCUUGGAACGCCGAACAGACCCAGAAUGGCCCUUUUUUUUUCCUCCCGUUUCUCUGACAAAGAAGUGCUGCUUAGUAAGAAUAACUUUAUUUAAAGGCGCCUUUGAAAACUUUCAAGGUCACCUUCCAUAAUGAACAACUCAGAGAAGCAUCACGAUUAAAACAUGCGUGACCAAAGCUGCUGGGAUCGUCACCAGCAUCUGAUCGGCUGGACUUGAUCCGCCGCCGCGGGGGAAGUUCUGAGUCUUCAGACCUGAACUACGAGGAGUUUUAAGGGACGGAAGAUGUGGAACUGAUGGAUUCAUCGGCUGGUUUCUACCUUUAGGACUCGAUUUCUAACACGACACAGACCGUCGAUUAAAGGGAAACCUCGGUUCCUCUCCUGCACACAACAAUCAGGCUCAGAGUGCCUUCAACACCUCAUCCUGUUCGAAGGAAAGACUUUUAUUUUGGCGGUCCCCAACAUGAAGAUGUUUGAAUGAAGUUAUGUUGUUUUAAAUCUGUAUUUAUGUCACUGAGACUUUAAAGGGAAGUCAGAAAAUAAUGUCGCUGUUUUGUUUUUUUCUUUUCUCUUAACUGACCGCAGAGUUUCUAUACAGACAAAAACGGGAAAUAAAGUCAAUUAUUCUCACUGUU